GAAGAUUUGGUGGUUUAAUGUGCUGAUGGUGAUGAUGUUGGUGACGAUGGUAGAGGGGGAUUGCCUCGACGAUGACGACGAUGACCAGCCCUCAUCCUUUGACCUCGACACUUCCUCCAGUCUGGAGUUCUCUGUGGCGCUCUUCAGGGAGGUGUACCGGAGGUCAUCGCCUGAGGUUAACGUGGUGUUUUCACCAGCAAGCGUGGGGGGCGGCCUCCUGCUGGCCUACCUGGCCUCUUCAGGCAACACCAAACACCAGCUGGAGGAGGUCCUUGGCCUCGACGACAAACUGUCUGCCCUCAACACCUGGCGCCACCUGCAACUCCUGUGGGGAGCGAGUGAGGGGAAGAAGAACGGAGGAAGUCUGGUGGUAGUAAAUAAGGCCUAUGUGGACCCCCGUGUACGCCUCAACCAGUGUGUGGCAGACCAUCUUUCUCACCAUGAGCUUCACCGCCUCAGCUUCCUUCAGCACCAGGACGCCGCCGCCAGGAUCAACAGAGAAGUGUCAGAGAGUACGAGGGGACGCGUGGGUCACCUAGUGGACCCCCAGGACCUCAUAGGUGCCCUGAUGGUCCUUGUCAACGCCGCCGCCUUCAAGGGAUCGUGGCUUUACCAGUUUCCACUCAGCAACACCUUCCCUGCCAGGUUCUACACCUCCCCUACCACUUACACCCAAGUGGCCAUGAUGAAACACUCCGCACAGCUCAGAUAUGGAGUGUCGCCAGCCCUGGGAGCGCGCCUACUGGAGUUACCAUACUCUGGUGGCUCCUGGUCCAUGUUCCUCCUGCUUCCUUCCCUCACCCACGAUCCUAAACAUGACCUGGGCCUCGAUGACCUCACUACCCGCCUCACCGCCGACUCCCUCCGCUUAUCCAUUAAUAACAUGUGGUAUCGCCAAGUCAAGGUCGAGAUGCCCAAGUUUAAGCUGGAUUAUGCUAUUAAGGAUGACCUCAAGCAGGCGCUGCAUCAACUGGGGAUAAGAGAUCUGUUUAGCAAGAGAGCUGACCUGACGGCCCUGGCGCCCUUUGGAGGGUUGCUGGUGAGUCGCAGCCUCCACCAGGCCUCCCUGGAGGUUACGGAGGAGGGUACGGAGGCCGCAGCAGCCACAGCCUUCAUAUCCCACCCAAGGACCAAACUUCCGCCGCCUGUCACCUUCCAGUGUAACCGUCCCUUCCUCUUCUUCAUCUACGAUAACCUCUCCAACAGUAUUAUUUUUAUCGGCAUCUACAGUAAACCCGAUAACUGACUCCAACACCCACAGUAGACCCCGGAACUGACCCCACCACCCACAGUAGACCCCCAAAACUAACCCCACCACCCACAGUAGACUCCGAAACUGACCCCACCACCCACAGUAGACCCCCAAAACUGACCCCACCACCCACAGUAGACCCCCAAACUGCGUAUUCACCAGCAAGAUCCUCCACAACAUGAUCUACAAGUAUAUAAAAGCAUCUCACACACACACACGUUGAGGUGCUGAUCGUCCUCAGAGUAGGAGGUUCACAAGAGAGGUAACUACAGCUGACUAGAUUAAUGAGGCUGUACAUUUGUUUACUAUUUGUCAUUUUUAAAAAUUUGUAUUUGAAACGUCACGUAUAGAACUCCUGUUAAGAAUUAUAAUUUGUAGGAUAUUUUCUGCAAGAAUUUAUGUAAAAAAAAAGUGAAUUAAUUUAAGAAGAAAAAAAUUAAUAAAGAUUUUGAAAUUUA